AUCUCCACUCGCUGGCUGUUCUUAGUUGGCCAACUGCUUUUAUGUAGUCCCUCGCUACGAGCACGAGUAUUUUUCGAUGCCAUUACCAUCCGGUUCAAUUAUUUUUGUUGCCGAUUUGUUGUCUGCCUUUCUUCUGGGCAUUCCAAUGGCUUCCGUCAAGCAUCCGAUGGGCGGAAAAUUGUUUAUAUCUGCGCAAUCAAAAUAAAAAAUAAACUUCAACUAUUUUCCGACAAACAAUUGCAUUGUUGAAGCGAAAGGGAAAUAACGUGGGAUGUUCUAGGCCGAAUCCAUACAGUAUCUGUAGUUAGAACUACAUGUGUUUGUUGUCUGGACACCGUUCAAUCUGUUCGAUUUUGAGCGAUUUAUUGGGGAAAUAUUUUUAGAGCAAGAUUUAUGGAGCGUGCGGUCCUUAAGUUUUGAUAGACGACAAACUUUUACUGUUCUGAAACGGUCGGAAAUACAUGAUUCUGGAAGUUCCCAGACUAUUUAGCAACUGUUUGCAUAUAUUUGCACUUGAAAAUGUUCAUUGAUUUAAUAUCUAUUAAGUGAUCGAAAGUAGGCAGUGUUUUUUGCACCGAAGGCCAGGCAAAAUUUGUGGCAGUGCGGAAAGUUCCCCAAAGACGUGGGUUCCCACGAACCCCUUUGAUAUUUUGAUUAAUAGCGAAUAAUAACCAUUUGUUCCUAUAGGGUAUUUAUUGUUCCCAUCUGCCUGUGAUUUUGUUUACAUCUGCUGUCCCAUUUCCCUGGUUUAUUUGCUCCCGUUAAAAGGUCUCAGCUCUGAUUGUUAUCCGGAAUUUGGUUGGGGGCUGCAGAUGGGGAGAGAGGGCGGAACAAAACGCCCCCAAAUAUGAGGCAUCAGCAACGAGUGAAAUUCCAAUUUAGUUUGGAAAUAACUCUGUCCGCAUGAUGUGGCUGCAGGGGCUGAUCUGGCUAAUUAUCUGGCUCCAAGUGGCCAAAGCCACCAAGUGGUACGGCGGUGGAAUGGACUUUAACCAUCCCUCCGCGUGGCUGGAUGACCACAUGCCUUGUACCCAGGACUUGGUUGUCUUUCCGGAAUAUUAUCCAGCCCUGCUGCCCUUGCCCGAGGAUAUAUCCAUUGACGGUUUGGUUCUUCCAAAAAAGGGGGCGAUUCUGUUGGCCGAGGAGUCCACCAUUACCUUUGGUUCCAACACGAACUCCGCCUGCGAGAGUGACGAGAAGAAAGCCUUCUUAAAGCCACCCCAGUCGAGUAAAUGGUUCGAUCCUGGCACCUGGACAGACAAGUCCAAGAAGGAGUUCUCCGCAUCUACGCCAGAGAUUGAGAGGAUUCCCUGCGAUGACGAGCAGGUUAUAAUCAAGGGCCACGGACCACUGGCCUUCGACCUCGAAAACGUCCAGCACCUGAGACUGGGGCAACUCAUCCUGGCUGGCUCCUCCAUUUCCAAGUCCUACUUGGAGGAGCUGAUCACCCGAGACUUGGGACAAUUUCUCUUUCACAAUGCCGAGGACGUCCAGGUGGAGUACUACAGAGGCGAGCUCUGUGGCUGCCACAAAGACUUUGAGCGAUUGGUGGAACCGGUGUGCCACAAUGUUCAGGAGCAGUGCGAGACGCCCCACUGCCUGUCGCCGGUUCGGCCCUUGGGAUCCUGUUGCCUCAUCUGCGGGGCCAUCCUCUCCACACCCACGAGUCACUGCACUGAGGGCGGUAAAAAGGAGUUAACAACUAAAUUAAACAAGCUCAUCAGCCAAAGGAAUCUGAACGAUCAGAUCCAGCUCCAUGUGGAGUUUGUGGGCUCGCAACAGUUUGGAAACUUCCUGCAGGCUGUACUCACUGAUCGCCUUAAAUACAGCGAACGGAGCAUGGAGUUCCUGGAACCGCAGCUCGAUUACUGGAAUAGAACUGGCACGACGCUGAAGGUCUCUGGUCGACCCUACAAUCCGAAUGUGAGCUUCUCCUCGAUUGUGCUGAUCCUGUUCUGCAUGGCCCUGGUGGGACUGGUUUCCGUGGUCAUUUUGGCGCACUUCAUGCCCGAGAAUCCCUACCUGAAUCGGAUUCCCCAGUGGAUCCACGAUCCCCGGCGCUGGAGGUGGCACCACCUGGGAGUGAGACUGCGCCGCAAUCUGCUGUUCAACCGCUUUGACAACGGCGGAGCAGGUGGCUCCAGCGAAGGUAGUGCUUCUGGUGUGGAUCGUCUGGGAAUAAUGGCCUACGACCCAGAAAGCGGCGAGGUGCGGGAACGGGCCUUCGACAAUCCCAUGUUCGAGCAGGGAGCUGCCAUCGAAGUGGCUGCCAAGGAGUCGCAGGAACAGGAGGAUGUCUUGGGUGUCCCGCGAAUGGAGACGGGUGACCUGGACGAAAGCAGUAUGGUGGAUGAACAGGAGCUUACGGAAAUCAACUUGGAGGUCGGCGGGGCGGAAACCGACGAGGAGACCAUCUAAUAACUUUCUUUUACACGAAAAUGUUGAAUAAACCUCAUUUAUUAAAUAUGCCCAACCUAAACUUA